ACUGAAAGAGUCCGGAUGUUACAAGGCGUACGAAUGUUAACGGGCUCAUCGUCCUCAAAACGUUGUGAAAUGGCCGACGAGAAGCAAGGGCCUACUCUUGUGCGCGACUUUAGUGAGGUUAUUUUAACUUUAGAUAAUGUGCUUAUCCCACCUGAUAAAUUGUCUCCAACACCUUCACUUCAAGAUGGGUUGGAUUCCGAGACAGAGACGGAUUUGAGAAUACUAGGAUGUGAACUUAUACAGACGGCAGGGAUCUUGUUAAAACUUCCUCAGGUCGCUAUGGCUACGGGACAGGUGCUUUUUCAACGAUUUUAUUAUUCGAAAUCCUUUGUAAAACACAACAUGGAGGUGUUGGCCAUGGCUUGUGUAAACCUCGCCUCUAAAAUUGAAGAGGCUCCCAGACGCAUACGGGAUGUUAUCAACGUGUUCCAUCAUGUCAAACAAGUACGAAAUGGAAAAACAAUACAGCCUUUAGUGUUAGACCAGCACUAUAUUAACCUGAAAAAUCAGGUUAUCAAAGCAGAAAGACGGGUCCUCAAAGAACUGGGCUUUUGUGUUCAUGUCCAGCACCCUCACAAGAUAAUUGUGAUGUAUCUGCAAGUUCUGGAAUGUGAACGCAAUAGGAAACUUGUGCAAACAGCAUGGAACUACAUGAAUGACAGUUUCCGUACAGAUGUGUUUGUGAAGUAUCAGCCAGAAAAAAUCGGAUGUGCCUGCAUAUACCUGGCUGCCAGACAGCUACAAAUUCCACUUCCGAACUCACCGGCCUGGUUUUCCAUUUUUGGUGUGAAGGAAGAUGAAGUACAGGACAUCUGCCUCUCGGUUCUCAAACUGUAUGCCAGACCAAAGCCAAAUUAUGAUGAACUUGAGAAGAUUGUCAAUGAUGCCAAAAAAAUCCAGAUUGAAGCUAAACUCAAGGCCAAAGGGAUAACAUCUGAACAGGGAACACCCAACUCCAAUUCCAGGCCAUGUACCCCUAGGAAUGUGAGCCCUAAUCCAUCACUCUUGGGAACAAUGAAAAAAGUGAAAUCAGACUUAGACAUUCAUGGAAAUGGAACCCCAGUAGAAAAGAACCAUUCAAAGAAGAGAAAUCAUUCACCAGAUAACCGGGACUCCAGCAAGUCGAGAUCGUCUCGAUCCCACUCAAGUAGAAGCAGAAGUCGAAGCACGAGCAGAAGUCCUGCGCCCAAAUCCAGAAAGUACAGGUCUCCUGUCAGGAAGCAGAAAAAGGAUCGUUUGUCGCCAGACCGUUACAAGGAGAAGCAUCAUUCCCACAAACACGAAAAGCGCCGAAAGCGCUCCUUGUCCAGGAGUCGCAGUCGCUCUCUCAGCCUCUCGCCUGACCGUCGGCACAGCCACAAAAAGUAUUAUAAGGACAAAAUGCGAUACCGAAGUCCUGAGCCUCACAGGCGCUCACACAAACACAGGAAUGGCCACAACAGUCCAGUCAGGGAUAAAUACUCCAAAUACUACCGCAGAUGAUGCUUGUGAAUUUUAAAGAAAUUAUCCGAUUGCAAUUUACAAUCUUAUCAGGUAUAUCAUAUACAUACAUAUAUAUAUAGCAGAUCUUUAUUUUGUGUCUCCAUUUGCAGGCGCAGCAAACGACAAAGGGCCAUUUAUCAUAUUUGAAUUUGUAUGGAAAAGUUAAGUGUUAUUCUUGGAACUCUGAGGAAUUUUGAGGUAGUGUUACUCUGUGAUAUUUAAAUCCUGAUUUUGGGUUUUAUAUUAAUACUUGCUGCUUAACUGAAAAAUUUGCUGACAUGUUCAUUUUUGGUUAAGGAGUUGAAAGUUGUGUUGAUGAUUAAUCAAUGGUUAGGAGAUUAGAAAUCAUGAAUGUAGAGAAUCCUGAUGUUUUUAUCAAUCCAAAAAGCAUCCAGUUGUCAACCAGAUUUUUUUUAUUUCCAAGUCAAACACUAUUGUUUGAUCGACAGUGAAAGUAAUAUUUGAGAAGAUUUGUGUAAUUUUUUGUAGGUAUUAACCUGUAUAUCAUCAUAACAAUUCAGAAAGCAGCUCAUAUUCAUCAAACGAUCCUCCGUAUUUAAAAAAAAAUUAGUUUGAUACAUGUAUAUGUUGAAAAUGUCUUGUUUAUAUGUCCAUAAAUCGACACAUCCUGAAAUGUUUGCGUGAGAAUAGACAUUGAUAAAAGAAUGCAUGUUUUUUCUGUCAUCUUUUGAACUUUUGAAUACUCCACAAAGCUUGUAUAUAUGUAAAUAAAACUACUUCAUGAAA